UUGUACAAAAUGGCCACAAAUAAGACGCCCAUAUACACAAUACCAAUACUAACAAAAGAUCAAUCAAAUAUUUCACUGAAAUCAAAGGAGUUUUUAGAAACUGAAAGUGCGAAUGUAAAGAAAAAUGGUAAAAGAGAAAAGGCAUCAAAAUCUCAUUUGGCUUUGGCAGUUUUAGCUUGUGUACUUGGAAGUCCUUUACAAAUUGGUCUGAAUACUGCAAUCUUGAAUGCACCUCAAGAGGUGAUCAAAGAUUUUUUCAAUGAAACCUACUUUGAUAGGUAUGAUGAAGUCAUGUCAGACUCACUGCUUACAAUGCUCUGGGCAAUGACUGUGGCCCUUUUUUGUGUUGGGGGCAUGAUGGGAGGAGUUUCUGCUGCAUAUUUUGCCGGGAAGUUUGGAAGGAAAGGUACUCUACUCUUGAAUAACGCUGUUGCCUUUACCUGUGCUGCUCUACAAGGCUGCAGCAAAGUCUCCAAGUCUUUUGAGGUGUUGAUAGCUGGACGCGUUGUGGCUGGCAUUUGUUGUGGUUUAAACUCUGCUGUUGCUCCAUUGUAUCUUGCCGAAAUAGCACCAAUUUCUCUGCGAGGUUUUUGUGGGACUUGCAACCAGUUGUCAAUCACUUUUGGAGUUCUCAUCGGGGGAAUUCUGGGAAUGAAACUUGUACUCGGCACUGAAACCCUUUGGCCAAUACUAGUUGCUAGUCCAAUUAUUCCUGCAAUAUACAGUCUUGUAACCUUGACCUUUUGCCCAGAGUCUCCAAAAUAUCUGCUGGUGAAUAAAAGAGAUGAUGAUGCGGCUGAAGCAGCUCUGAUUUGGUUAAGAAAAACAAGCGAUGUGUCUGAAGAGAUGGAGGCCAUGAAGAAAGAACGACAGGACCUCAGCAACUCACCAAAGUUUAGUGUGCUUGAUUUGAUGAGGACCAGUGAGUUGCGAUGGCCACUAAUUAUAUGCAUAGUACUACAAAUGUCUCAACAGUUUUCUGGCAUUAAUGCUGUGGUCUACUACUCUACAAGUAUUUUUAUCUCAGCUGGUCUGAGCAAGGAGACUUCUCAGUACGCCACGGUGGCCACGGGUGUUGUAAAAGUCAUGAUGACCUUCAUAUCUGCCCUGAUCAUGGACCGGGCAGGCAGAAGAACUCUGCACAUGAUUGGCCUUGUGGGCAUGUGUAUCUCCUCAGUAGUACUAGUUGUUUGCCUUUCACUGCAGAAAACAUUGCCCUGGCUAUCGUACAUAAGCAUUGUGGCUGUCAUCAUCUACACCUGUCUCUUUGCUACUGGACCAGGACCAAUACCUUGGUUCAUGGUGACUGAGAUGUUUGCACAGGGUCCCAGGUCAGCCGCUGUCAGUGUUUCCGUGGUGAUCAACUGGCUGUGCAACUUUGCUGUUGGCUUGGUGUUUCCUAUUUUACAGAAGUCACUAGAAACAUAUUCCUUUUUGCCUUUCUCCGUCAUGCUGUUGUUAUUCUUCAUCUUCACCUACAUGUUUGUCCCAGAGACCAAAGGCAAAAGUAUUUCUGAGAUUACCCAGCUGUUUAAAUCUCCCACUAUGGAUAGAUCAGGAUCCAGAAAUUCCUACAAAAGCUCAAAGAACAGAUACAGCACCCAAGUCUUGAUAAUUGAUCCACCUCUCUCAGAAACAGGGACGGAAUAUUAUAUCGAGUCCAGCUACUUAUGAGAAUUUCAGGUCGCUGAACAAUUUUGGCUGGUUUUAUUUUUUGAAAUGUUAGUCUUUUGAUUGUAUUUAUGUUGUUGAAUAAAUUUGUUAUUUAUAACAUUUUAUUAUAAUAUAUACAGGGCUUUCAUUAUUAUAUUAAUGCAAAUACAACUAACCAUUUUUUUAAAAUAUAUUCAUCAUUUUAAAUGACAACUUUUGUUAUAUUGAUAUGUUUCUAAAUAUAUAUGAUUAUGUAUCAACAUACCUCAAUAGAAUUGUGAUAACACACCACAACAGUUGUUUAUGAGAUACCAUUUAAUACAUUUAAAGGAGGCCAGAGACUUUCUUCCAAUAAAGUGAUUUAAAACUAUGUACCCCUUCAGUAUUUUAUAUUAUAUUUAUAAAACUAAUUAAAGCAGCUUUACUCUGGCUGACAAUGUCUGUGCUGGAUGUGGCAAAAUAUGUAAGUUGCAGCUGGGGCUAGGUAGCCAUAGGAAAUACUUCUCUCGUUAAAUCUUCAGACUUGAAGACAAGCCUUAUUUAUAUUAAUCUAGUCAGUGAUUUCAGUGCAAUAUGAACACUACUGUUUUGUGUUACUAUUUUUCAAUAAGAUUGUUUUCUAUUAAAAAUAUUUUUAUUACAAGUU